AUAACCUGUGAUGGCGUUGCAAGCUUUGUCUCUAUUCCACGUUGCUCAACUUUCAAAGAAUGUUACGAGCAUUAGUUACACAAUAUAUUUAGUGGCUGUUUAAAGCUUUUAUAAUAAUAAAAAAAUUCAGAAUUAAUAGUAAUUAAACGAUUAUAAGUGAAAAGUUUUGCACUAUAAUUAUUUAAUGGGGAAUGAAAAAAGUGCUCUCAAUGGGAUUGAGAUAGAUGAGAAGGCUAUUGAAGUCACGGAUUUUUGGACACAAUAUAGUGCAAAUGUUCAAAACUAUAAUUCUCAGAAAGUAUCAGUUUUUAAUAGUGAACCAUCUUUACAUUAUACUGCAAGUUUCGGAAGACCAACCCCUUUGGAAAGAAUAGCAAAAAAUUUAAUGUUACAUCGACAUCCUUGUAUCUUAAGAUAUAUUUCUUCAUGGCAUAAAGGUAGUAAAUUCUUUUUAUGUACAGAAGAGGCUAAACCGUUGAUACAAGUAAUCGAUGCACAAAAUGCUCUUCAAAUUUGUGUUGGCUUAUAUAGCAUUGCUUGUGCAUUAGUAUUUCUUCAUGAAAAAGCAUUAGCAUCGCAUAACAAUGUAUGCAGUGGUUCUAUUUAUAUAACACCUGAAGGAUGUUGGAAAUUAGGUGGAUUUGAAUAUCUAUGUAAAUUUUCUGAAGCAACGUCAACUUAUUAUCAAAAAAUAAGAAAUUAUAGAUAUGAAAGAGCAACUUGCCCGAACGAAGACAUAAAUGCAUUAAUUGAUUCUGGAAAUCUUUCUUCUAUUGAUGUUUAUGCAUUUGGAGUAUUAGCUGAAGAUAUUUUAAAAUUGAAACAUGCAGAUAAUAUACCAGCUUUAACUGAAUUUCAAGAGUUUUGUAAAGAAAAUCUACAAAGCUCAGAUGCAUCUGUAAGAUGUAAAUUAUCAGAAGUCCUUCAACAUCCUUUUUUCACACAUGAUUUUAUAAAAAUACAUGAUUUUCUUGAAGAAUUACCAUUAAAAACUAAUGAGGAAAAAGAAGUCUUUUUUACAAAUUUGGUGAAUGAUUUAAAAGCUUUUCCUGAAGAUGUUGUAGCUGAACAACUUGGUCGUUCUUUGUUGUCAAGAAUAGUUUUAUUGGAUCAAACAGCUCAAGUAAAAUUUUUACCCUAUGUUUUAAAACCAAGAGAUGAAAAUGAUGAUAUAGAAAACAGUGUGUUUUCUACUCCAGUUUUUAAGACUUAUUUAAUACCAAGACUUCUGCAAAUGUUUUGUAUAAGAGAUGUUUCUAUCCGCUUACUACUUUUAUUACAUUUCAAAUCGUUUAUACAUACAUUUCAAACUGAUGAAUUGAAGUUUCAAAUCUUACCUGAAUUAUUAGUUGGUAUAAAAGAUACCAAUGACCACCUUGUUUGUGCCACAUUAAAGGCACUAGCUGAAGUGGUAUCUAUUUUAGGAGCAGCAACAGUAAUUGGUGGAAAAAGAGCAAAGUUAUUUACAGAUGGACGACCAAAUAAGAUAAAAGAACAGAAAGAAAAUAAAGUUGUAUCUACUAUUACAAAUAAUAACUCUGACACAAUUCCCCCAAUAGAUAUGAGUGAAAUAGAAUUGCAUUUACCAGAACGUCUAUCUCCGGAUGGCGGAGAAGAUAAAAAGGAGUCAUCAUUUGCAUUUGUUGAUGAGGAAAGUACUUGGUCUGACUGGGAUGCACAUGACGCAAAUAUGGAUUCUCACCAAUCAAAUGUACAAAAUGUACAAAAUAUACAACAAAUAACACAAAUAGCAACUCCAAAUAUGACAAGUGUAUUAGACUCACCAUCAAGUAUAACGAGAAGUGAAAUAAAUAAAUACACAAAAAAAAUAGAAAUGUCAGAUAUUUCACAACUAGAUAUAAAGCAUUCAAAGUCAAUGAAGAGUACAAUAGAUGAUUAUGAUUUUUUCACGGAUAUGGAACCUAUAAUAAAAAAGACACAUGUUUUACAUGUACAAGAUGAGAAGGAGAUUUUGUCGACAUGUUCGAAAAGCAUAUUUGAUGUAAAACUGUCUACUAUAACAUUACAAGAAUCUGAAGAUAAUGAUGGAUGGAGUGAGCAUUUAGGUGACUGGGAUAUAGAAGAUACUAAGGAAUUAAGUUUUUAAGUAAAUAUUUUUAAGUUAUUUAUAUUUAAUUAAAUAUUUUUAAGAGAGUAUUUAGUUAUAAAUAGAUUUUAAUACCUAUAUAGUAUCUAAUAAGCUUUUUAAUUAUUAAGUCUACAGAUAUUACUAUAAAAUUUAUUUUUUUAAAUGCAAAUAAUAUAGUACACAGAUGUAUGUAUUUAUUGUCAAAGUCAAAUAUCAACCUGCCCUUAUUAAUUUAUUUAAAUAAAUUGCACAUUGACAGAAAACAUUAA